AUGUUGUCCAGAGCCACGGUCGGAAUAAAGAAGUUGUGGAAACAUGAAGCCAGCCCAACAUGGCUGGACGAACAUUCGUCAGACUCGCAAUCAAGAAUUCGGCUCUCGUUGAGCAUCUCGUUGAUUAUCAUGUUUUCAGCCAUCCACUCGUCUCCGGUCAAUUCCCCCACUGAGUCCACCUCUUUGAAACAACUUGAAUCAACAUAA